AUGCGGCGAAUCCCGUUACUUUUAUUACUGGUGAUAAGUGUUUAUGCCGAGGAGGGAGGUGAUGGCACGGAUAAACCCGCGCUUAUGCAAAGAUUAGUACAGUCCCUACCUCAAAUUCCAAAUGUUAUCAAAGGGCAAAUGGAAGGAAAACCAGAUGAACUCAAAAAAAUGGUGUCCAGCAUGCUAGGAGAUGGUUUGUUGAGUCAGUUAGUUGUGAAUCCACUCGGUGUUGCUGAGAACAUGGGUGUCCCACUUCACGACUUGGGAAUCAACAAAACUGUUCUAGACAAGUCAAUGAGUUUGAACGGCUCAAAUGAAACCUCUGGAGCUGGAGCCGCCUUCAAUUUUCUAAACGCUUUCUACAGUAGUACCCAAGCUCCAACUACCCAGGCCAAGAAAAUGUUUGUUGAUGGUGUGGAGGUAAAGGAUUGGGAUAGAUAUGCCAGGAAGUACAAACUUGAAAACUUGGGAUACUCCACUCUUGCUCCACCAACUACUACCACUCAGUUGAGCCCUGAGAAUGUUGCUGAUGUGGUUCUCCAGCGACUGAGAGAAAGAGACUCGGUUACCGAUGUUCCAAGAUCCAACCCAGACAUUUCUAACUCUCUUGACAUGAACUUGAUCGACCCAAGAAGAGUCGCUGAGGUCAACUCGCUCUUGAGAAGAUCCCCACAGAGAUUUGAGAGCCCAGCACCUUCAAUGAACUCAAUGGGAGCAAUGGAUAUUGGACCACCAGGAUUUGUUCAGUCUCUCGACCCUGCUAUCGAUGAGGUUGUGACUAACCUUCGUACAAAGGGAGCUUACGGUCUUAAUGUUGAUGAUGUCAAACGUCUUCAAAACAUUCUCCAAACCUAUGAGCAGACUCUUCAAACCAAGGAACUUCUCUCCAGACGUAAGCAGCUGGAAGUUCUUCAGACUGAGUUAACCGAGCAACGGAAACGUAUUGAAGUCCAGAAAAAAAUGGAGGAAGAGCUGAGAAAAAAGGAAAAGGAACUUGAGGAGGCAAAACAAAAAAUGGAGCAACAGUUGAGAGAGCAGUUGAGCAGCUGGCAUAGUUCCUUUGGACCAAGUCAACCGAGAGCUCCAGUUGCACUACCAGCAGAGCUACAAUUGGAAAACUUGGGAUCCCCACCAGCUCCACCUGCACCAAUCGCAAAAGAAGUGGUUACAACAACUGAACGUGCCAUGCCAUCGUUCGAAAUUUCUUCUCAUGAGAGUUUGUUAGCUGAAGAGCGUGAGAAUAUCGUUGAGCAGCAGAUGAUGCCAGUUCCGCCACCAACCAAAAUCAGUAGCUCCCUCCGCAACCAUAUUCGCUAUUCACCAACUCCAGUUGUCACAGAAGCCACUCCAGUCAUCCCGCCGAGCACUUCAGUUGAUAGGGAAGAUGACGAAUUCGUCUCGAAAUGCAAUUGCGAGAAAAUCUCUCUGGACAAAAUGGACGGAAAGUGGUUAUUAGCUUUGGCAUCUCCAAAUGUUAUUGAUACGUUGCAACAGAAGACUAACGAUCUUGUUGGAAAGUCAGAACCGAUCACCUGCUCCCGAUUUGAUGUCUCCGCUGGAAAGCAAUCCGUUGCGGCACAAGAUGCUCGACUCAUUUGGCAAUUCCGAACUGGAACCGCGUCCAAAUUGAACAGGCUACGUGGAAGUGCGUUGACAAUGGAUCAUGAAUCCGUUAGAGUUCAGAUGACAGAUUUCCAUGGAGAUAACUUCAGCUUCCCAUUCUGUGUUCUGAGAUCCGGAGGAAACUCAACAUCCUAUGAGCACCUUUUGGUUACCAACAGUCAAGGAACCUGCAAGGAUGUUGCACUUCUUAUCAGACACCCACAACAAUUCUUUGACAAUCCAGACAAGGAGCUCCGAAAAUACCUCAAAUCGAAAAUUUCAAAGAAGGAAAUGAAUGCUCUGAAUGUCAUUACCUUCGGAGACUGCUGA